UUGUCUAACACUACCUUGUAAAAUUGUGCCCUAGACAGUAUUAUUAACAAGAAGUUAAAUUUACCAAAAGUGUUAUUAUAUUUUGUAAAAAUUAUUUUAUAAAUAUAUGAAUAUUUUAAUAUGAGUGAUAAUUCUAAAGAUUGUUUAGAGUGCCGUUUAAUUAGCGGAUUUGGUUUAAUUGGAGUUAGUGCUUACAUAUAUUAUCAAGCUAGACACAGAAAAAGGUGGGAAAACUAUACCAUGAAUAUUAUAUCAGCCGGUGUUGGUGUAUUAGGAGGGGCACGUUUAUUAAAUCUACCAUUUCUGAAAUCCACAAGAGAAUAGCAAUUUAAUUAUGUACUAAGAAAAAUACAUACAUAUUUACUUUUAAACAAAAACCUUAAAACCUAUUAAACUUAAUGU